CGUAGCCCCCUCCCGCCCCGCCAGCCCCGAAGAGUUGCCCGGUGGCCGCGGCAGACGGAAGCCGAGGGAGAGCCUCGGCGGCAGCAGGAUGGGGGACUCCAAAGUGAAAGUGGCCGUGCGGAUCCGGCCCAUGAACCGGAGAGAAAUUGACUUGCAUACCAAAUGUGUGGUGGAUGUAGAUGCAAACAAGGUUAUACUUAGUCCUGUAAAUACUAAUCUUUCCAAAGGAGAUGCCCGAAGCCAGCCAAAGGUGUUUGCAUAUGAUCACUGUUUCUGGUCUAUGGAUGAAUCAGUCAGAGAAAAAUAUGCAGGUCAAGAUGAUGUUUUCAAGUGCCUUGGGGAGAAUAUCCUUCAGAAUGCUUUUGAUGGUUACAAUGCAUGUAUCUUUGCCUAUGGACAGACUGGAUCUGGAAAAUCUUAUACCAUGAUGGGCACAGCUGACCAACCUGGAUUAAUUCCAAGACUUUGUAGUGGACUCUUUGAACGAACUCAGAAAGAGGAAAAUGAAGAGCAGAGUUUUAAAGUAGAAGUGUCCUAUAUGGAAAUUUAUAAUGAAAAAGUUAGAGACCUUCUUGAUCCCAAAGGAAGUCGUCAAACGUUAAAAGUCAGAGAGCACAAUGUUUUGGGACCCUAUGUCGAUGGACUUUCCAAACUGGCUGUCACAAGCUACAAGGAUAUUGAAUCUUUGAUGUCUGAGGGUAACAAAUCCCGUACAGUUGCGGCUACCAACAUGAAUGAGGAGAGCAGUCGAUCCCAUGCAGUCUUCAAAAUCACCCUUACACAUACUUUAUAUGAUGUGAAGUCUGGGACAUCUGGAGAGAAAGUGGGCAAGCUGAGCUUGGUUGAUUUAGCUGGCAGUGAGCGAGCAACGAAAACCGGGGCUGCAGGGGACAGGUUGAAGGAGGGGAGCAACAUCAACAAGUCCCUCACAACCCUUGGUCUGGUUAUCUCAGCUCUAGCAGAUCAGAGUGCUGGCAAAAACAAGAAUAAAUUUGUUCCAUAUCGUGACUCAGUUCUCACUUGGCUGCUCAAAGACAGUCUUGGGGGUAACAGCAAGACAGCCAUGGUGGCCACUGUCAGUCCAGCAGCUGAUAACUAUGAUGAAACCCUUUCAACUCUGCGGUAUGCAGAUCGAGCCAAGAACAUCGUGAACCAUGCUGUGGUGAAUGAGGAUCCUAAUGCACGAAUUAUCCGGGAUCUCCGGGAAGAAGUAGAAAAGCUCCGAGAGCAGCUAACCAAAGCAGAGGCAAUGAAAUCUCCAGAACUAAAAGACCGACUAGAAGAAUCAGAGAAGCUAAUCCAGGAAAUGACUGUGACCUGGGAGGAGAAACUGAGGAAAACUGAGGAGAUUGCACAGGAGCGACAGAAACAGCUUGAGAGUCUUGGAAUAUCUCUUCAGUCUUCUGGGAUUAAAGUUGGGGAUGAUAAAUGCUUCCUUGUUAAUCUGAAUGCUGAUCCUGCUCUGAAUGAACUUCUGGUUUAUUAUUUAAAGGAACACACAUUGAUAGGCUCAGCAAAUUCCCAAGAUAUCCAGCUAUGUGGCAUGGGAAUUCUUCCUGAACAUUGUAUUAUAGACAUCACAGCAGAAGGCCAGGUCAUGCUGACUCCUCAGAAGAAUACCAGAACAUUUGUAAAUGGCUCUUCUGUAUAUAGUCCUAUACAACUCCACCAUGGGGACAGGAUUCUCUGGGGAAACAACCACUUCUUCAGACUGAAUUUGCCUAAAAAGAAAAAGAAAGCAGAUCGAGAGGAUGAGGAACACGACACGUCCAUGAAGAAUGAUACCAGUUCUGAGCAGCUGGAUAUAGACGGAGACUCCUCCAGUGAGGUGUCCAGUGAAAUCAACUUCAAUUAUGAAUAUGCGCAAAUGGAGGUUACCAUGAAGGCUCUGGGGAAUAAUGAUCCAAUGCAGUCCAUAUUGAACAGCCUAGAACAACAGCAUGAAGAAGAAAAACGAUCCGCGUUGGAGCGCCAGAGGCUUAUGUAUGAACAUGAAUUGGAGCAGCUACGACGAAGGCUGUCUCCUGAGAAACAGAACUGUCGUAGUGGGGACCGGUUUUCUUUCCACUCACCCAGUGCUCAGCAGCGAUUGAGACAGUGGGCUGAAGAGAGAGAAGCAAUGCUGAAUAACAGCCUGAUGAGGCUGAGGGAACAAAUUGUGAAAGCCAAUCUGUUGGUGAGAGAAGCUAGUUACAUUGCAGAGGAGCUGGAUAAAAGAACAGAGUAUAAAGUGACCCUGCAGAUUCCAGCCUCCAGCCUGGAUGCCAACAGGAAGCGAGGCUCUCUUCUUAGUGAACCUGCAAUCCAGGUGAGAAGAAAAGGAAAAGGAAAACAGAUUUGGUCUUUAGAAAAACUGGACAAUAGGUUGCUGGAUAUGAGAGACCUUUAUCAGGAGUGGAAGGAGUGCGAAGAAGAUACCCCGGUCAUACGGUCUUACUUCAAGCGUGCUGAUCCAUUCUAUGAUGAGCAGGAAAAUCACAGUCUCAUUGGGGUGGCGAAUGUUUUCCUCGAGUCCCUCUUCUAUGACGUGAAGUUACAGUAUGCUGUUCCAAUUGUCAACCAGAAAGGAGAGGUGGCAGGUCGGCUGCAUGUCGAGGUGAUGCGAAUCAGUGGUGACAUUGGGGAAAGAAUUGCUGGAGGUGAUGACACCUCAGACCUCUCCUGUGAUAAGGAAACCCAGGAGAAUAGACUUGUGUGCAUGGUUAAAAUACUCCAAGCCACUGGGUUGCCACAGCAUCUGUCCCACUUUGUGUUCUGCAAGUACAACUUUUGGGAUCAACAGGAGCCAGUAAUUGUUGCACCUGAAGUUGAUACCUCCUCCUCCUCUCCUGUCAGCAAGGAGCCUCAGUGCAUGGUUGUCUUUGAUCAUUGCAAUGAGUUUUCUGUUAACAUUACUGAAGACUUCAUUGAACAUCUUUCAGAAGGGGCAUUGGCAAUUGAAGUAUAUGGCCAUAAGAUGAAUGAUCCUCGGAAAAACCCAGCCCUGUGGGAUUUGGGGAUUAUCCAAGCAAAAACACGUAGUCUUCGAGACAGAUGGAGUGAAGUUACCAGAAAAGUGGAGUUCUGGGUCCAAAUCUUGGAACAGAAUGAGAAUGGCGAAUACUGCCCUGUAGAAGUAAUUUCUGCAAAGGAUGUGCCAACAGGAGGAAUCUUUCAACUCCGGCAGGGACAGUCGCGGCGAGUCCAAGUGGAAGUGAAGUCUGUGCAGGAAUCUGGGACUUUACCAUUGAUGGAAGAAUGUAUAUUGUCUGUUGGCAUUGGAUGUGUAAAAGUUAGAACACUGAGAUCCCCGAAGACUCAUGAGACCUUUCAUGAGGAAGAGGAGGACAUGGACAGCUACCAGGAUCGGGAUUUAGAGAGACUGCGUCGAAAAUGGCUAAAUGCGUUAACAAAACGCCAGGAAUACUUAGAUCAACAACUGCAGAAGCUUGUCAGUAAACAUGAUAAAACAGAGGAUGAUGCUGACCGUGAAGCGCAACUUCUAGAGAUGAGGCUGACUCUGACUGAGGAGCGAAAUGCAGUCAUGGUCCCCUCUGCUGGCAGUGGCAUUCCAGGGGCCCCAGCAGAAUGGACCCCAGUUCCUGGGAUGGAAACACACAUUCCUGUUAUAUUCCUUGACUUAAAUGCUGAUGAUUUCAGCUCCCAAGAUAAUCUUGAUGACCCAGAAGCUGGUGGAUGGGAUGCUACCCUAACCGGGGAAGAAGAGGAUGAGUUCUUUGAACUGCAGAUUGUAAAACAGCAUGAUGGAGAGGUGAGAGCAGAAGCCUCUUGGGACUCUGCCGUGCACAGCUGUCCUCAGCUCAGUAAAGGCACCCCAGCGGAUGAGCGCGUGUAUAUGAUUGUGCGGGUGACAGUCCAGCUCAGCCAUCCGGCCGACAUGCAGCUGGUAUUACGGAAACGAAUUUGUGUCCAUGUUCAUGGCCGGCAGGGUUUUGCUCAGAGUCUCCUAAAAAAGAUGUCACAUCGAAGUUCUAUUCCUGGCUGUGGAGUGACUUUUGAAAUUGUCUCCAAUAUUCCAGAGGAUGCCCAGGGAGUAGAGGAACGAGAAACAUUAGCAAGAAUGGCAGCUAAUGUUGAAAACACAGCUUCUGCUGACUCAGAGGCUUAUAUUGAAAAAUACCUCAGAAGUGUGCUGGCUGUGGAGAACCUUCUCACUUUAGAUCGUCUCCGCCAGGAAGUUACAGUGAAGGAACAGUUGACAGGAAAGGGGAAGCUGAAUAGGAGGAGUAUUAGCUCUCCCAACGUGAACAGAUUGUCUGGCAGCCGACAAGAUCUUAUUCCAUCCUAUAGUCUAGGCAGCAAUAAGGGCCGAUGGGAGAGUCAACAGGAUGUAUCACAAACUGCAGUCUCCAGAGGAAUAGCUCCAGUUGCCCCAUCCCUUCCUGACUGUCCCCCAAAUAACCAUCCUCCUGACCCAGGACUUAGUAGCCUAGCGGCCUCCUACUUGAAUCCAGUAAAAUCCUUUGUGCCACAGAUGCCAAAGCUCUUGAAGUCUCUCUUCCCUGUCCGCGAUGAGAAAAGGGGCAAACAGCCUUCUCCCCUUGCACAUCAGCCCGUGCCCCGAAUCAUGGUGCAGUGUGCCCUCGCGGACGCCAGGACCACCGGAGCUCUGGAGGCUCCCAGUGUGGCCCCCGCGGUGACUGUGCCCCUGGCCCCUGUGAAGCUCCACGACAGACCGACUAAAGUGCCCGUGCCACAGGCUCCGGAGGUGCAAGAGGGGCCGCCCAGUCCCCUGAGCGAGGCCUCCAGCGGCUACUUUUCCCACAGCGUCUCCUCCGCCACGCUGUCCGAUGCGUUCACCCUUGGCCUGGACGGCGCGGCCGCCGCGGGCGGGCAGACCCCCGGCUCGCCCCCGCCCACCCUCUGCCAGGCCACCCCUGAGACGGAGCUCCCGCUUCCACCCGCGGCUCCUGCGGCUGACAGUGACCUUCCUGCCCGCCCCUCAGAGCUGGACGUCUCCAAACCACAGGUGCCUCCCGACCUCCUGUCUCCGUCCCCUGCUCCCUCGUCCCCGUUCAGAAUCCAGAAGGUGCGGACCUCCGAGCUGAAGUCCUUCACAUGCAUGCUGGGAGGAGACCCCAGCUGCUCCUCCGCGGCGGAGGAGGACCUGCUGGCCUCGGGGGCGCUGGGCGACGGUGGGGCACGGGCACCGGCCCUGGGAAAGCUGGAAGUUUCCUCCGAUUCCGAAGAAGCCAGCGAAGUCCCAGAGUGGCUCAAAGAGGGAGAAUAUGUCACUGUGGGCACCAACAAAAUGGGCAUCGUGAGAUACAUCGGCCCUGCCGACUUUCAGGAGGGGACGUGGGUCGGAGUGGAGCUGGACUUACCUUCAGGUAAGAAUGACGGCUCCAUCGGCGGGAAGCAGUACUUCAAGUGCAACCCUGGCUACGGGCUGCUGGUGAGGCCAGGCCGGGUGCGCAGAGCAGUGGGCGCGGGACGGCGGCGCAGCGCGGGGCUCCGGCUGCAGGGUGCCCCUGAACCCCGCAGGAGCAGCACUCUCUCCGGCUCCGCCACCAACCUGGCCUCUCUGACGGCGGCUCUGGCCAAGGCAGAGGGCACUAUGGCGCUGAGGGCCGACAGGAGCCAUAAGAACCCCGAGAACCGAAAAUCCUGGGCCAGCUAAACCAGUGCUGGGCACCCCCGCC